AUGGGCGUCCCCGACUCAACAAACAGCGACCUGUUCCACAACUGGGCCAAGUUGCCCAUCUCCCGCGAGCAAUUCGCCCGUGAAUUGAGGGAAGAAGUGCACCGACAGUUCCAGACUUGUACCCCGCUGCCUGGCGCGGAGAAGCUCUUGUCAAACCUGAACAGUGCACGUAGUACUUGUUCUGGUGAGCGGAUCGAGCUGGCAUUGGCAUCUAGCACCAAGACCCAUACCUUCGACCUGAAAAUGUCCAGACCGGAAACCAAAAAGCUGCUUAACAUUAUCCCAUCCGAGAGGCGGGUCCUGGGUGAUGACCCGCGAGUGGGGCAGGGGCGAGGGAAGCCAGCGCCGGAUAUAUACCUGGUCCUGUGGCAAGCAUUGAACUCUACGGCAGACUCUGGGAAACCCAUCUUGCCCAGCGAAUGUUUGGUCUUUGAAGAUAGCGUGGCCGGGGUCGAGGCCGGGAGACGGGCGGGGAUGAGGGUUAUUUGGGUACCGCAUCCGGAUCUGGCGGUCGAAUAUGAAAAGAGACAGAGGGAGGUGCUUGCUGGGAGGACAGGCAUGAUUGAAAUCGGGGACGAGUGGCAGCUAGGAGAGAUUGAUGAUGGCUGGGCUGAAAGCAUACCGAGUCUGAAUUUUUUUGAUUAUGAGAAAUAUGGCAUUGUUGCACCAUCCUAG